UUUGGUUUAUUUGAAUUUUAUUUAAGUUGAAUUACUAGUAAUAAAUAACUCCAUGUAAUGAAUACAUGACAUCCAGUGUGAAAAAAUACAUACGUAUCAUGAAUAUACAGUAGAAAUCACUAUAACGAGCAUCGCUUAGAACGAGAUACUGCUUACAACGAGCAAAACGUUAGGUCCCGGAACGAGCGCAUAUGAUUGUAUGUUAAAAUAUACGUUCAUAACGAGUAUGGUUAUUACGAGUUAUCGGCUAUAACGAGUAAAAUAAAGCUAACUUGACUAACGACCUUCCGGUUACUACGAACAAGUACCUGUAAGAUACGAACAAUUUUCGUAUUUAGGUCGAUUAAUCAUUGACAUAUUAUCUUUAGUUGUGUAGAUAUGGAUUACUUAUUAAUAAUAAACAUUAUUCUAACAAAUUCUGGUGUUUUAAAGUUAAUAAAAUUACAAAUAGCGUCAGUUGUGUGUAGACGUUUUACUAUGUCGCGUCGUCAGUUUACGUUGGACGAAAAAAUCGGUAUAAUCGGGCGUUUAGAAAAUGGUGAGAAAAACAGCGUAAUUACAAAAGAAUUCGGCACCUGUUCGUCGACAAUUUCGACCAUAUGGAAGAACCGAGGUAAGUUAAAAAAUAUGUUUCAAACAACGUCACUUAAUGCAAAACGAUUGCGCACUGCACAGCAUAAGGACCUUGAAGAAGCUGCACUAGUAUGGUUCAAACAACAACGGUCAUUGAGUAUGCCUAUAAGUGGUCCUAUUUUGCAAACAAAAAUUGACCAACUGGCUGAAAAAAUGAAAAUAGAAAAUUUCAAAUGCUCUGCAUCUUGGAUUCAGCGUUUCCGACAGCGGCACAACAUUGAUUUCGGCAAGAUCUCAGGUGAGUCAUCUGCAGUUAAUACUGAUAUCUGCUCUAACUGGUUGGCUAACGUUUGGCCGUCCCUUCGAGCAGGUUACUGUGAUGAUGACAUUUAUAAUGUCGAUGAAGCGGGCCUUUUUUUCAAAUUAACUCCUGAUAAAACUCUUUGCCUCAAGGGGGAAAAAUGCUCGGGUGGAAAAUUAUCUAAAGACAGAAUAACAGUUUUAGUGGCAGCCAACAUGACCGGAACUAAUAAAAGAAAACUCCUUGUUAUUGGAAAAUCGAAAAUUCCUAGGUGUUUUAAAAGAGUUUCAUCACUUCCCGUAUUUUAUGAAAAUAACACCAAAGCUUGGAUGACCUCAGCAAUUUUUGAAAAUACUCUAAAUUAUUGGGAUGAUGAAUUACGCCGUAAGAAAAAAAAAAUUCUACUGUUGGUGGACAACUGUCCAGCACACCCAUCAUUGCAGCAUUUGAAAUUUAUUAAACUCGUAUUUUUGCCCGCCAACACUACUGCUGUACUUCAAUCGAUGGACCAGGGCGUUAUAAGGAACAUUAAAGUUCAUUACCGGAAUCAGUUGGUACUGAAAAUGAUUGAGGAUAUUGAAAAUCAAAUAGAAUCAAAAGUAACUGUUUUGGAUGCCAUAAUAAUGCUGGAUAAAGCUUGGCGUAAUGUAAAAUCGACGGGGAUUGCUAAUGUUUUCGGCAUGCAAGUUUUUGUGACGUUACGACCGAUACUACACAGCUACAAGCAGACAGUGGAUUGAUUAAUAACAUCGACGAGGACUACUUACAGAUUGAUGACGACCUAAUAACGUCAGAAAUUCAAACAGAUGAAGAUAUAGUCGACAAUGUCAUAGCCAGCCAACAAGUUGAGCUAGAUAAUGAUACUGAUAUUGAUGAGCUUGAUGAUGAGUUUGGAACUGUGCCGUCAAUAUCCGAAGCUCGUGCUGCAUUGAGGACACUAGAAAGAUUUUAUUACACAAAAUAUGAAGGUACAGAUGCUGAAAGAAAAGCGUUGUCUUUAUUAGAAACAUCGAUCAACUCUAACACGAAGCAAAGUUCGAUCAAAGAUUAUUUUAAGAAAUUAAAUAAAAAUUAAAUCAAUUAAAGUGUUUUAUAAUUAUGUAUGUAUUA